AUGGCCGGUUUCCAAAUGAGUCUUAAAAAGGACAAGGUAAAUAAACCAAACCUGCAAACAAAACCAAAAAUAUCGUUUGCAUUUGGGGCAUCGAAAGCUAACAUUGUGCCGAAGAAGCCACUUUCGUCGCUGCAAAAGAAUGGAACAAUAAGACCUAAUCAUAAUACAUUACUUGGAUCAGAAUCAGAAUCAGAAGAUGAAAAUGCUGUGGUAGCUAUUGAUUCGUUCGACAAAAAAAAGGGGGGAGCCAUCGCAGGAAAUAAGGCCGUUAAUUACAAGAUCACUGAACCAUUAACUAUUAAACCUACUACUGCAAAUAGAGAUUGGAAAGAAGAGAUAAGAAAGAAACAGAGUAGUAUGUAUGUCCCUAAUCUGGAGCAUAGACAAAAAGUAGUGCCCAAAGAUGAUAACAAUCUUCAAUUUGGGCUAAGUGUGCCAGAUAAAUCUCAUUCAGAAGAGCCUGCAAAGGAUGCGGAGCCUAACGAGCAUUUAUCCAAAGAGGAGCGCAUAAGAAUAUCUUUGCUAAAGGGCGAAGAGCUAGACGACAAGGGAUUGAUAAUACCGAUUCGUCGCGAAGACGAAAUAGUGGAGCAGGAUAUUUCUUCAAAACCAGACGAAGACUCCAUAGAACAAUACAAAGAGGUGCCAGUAGAUCAAUUUGGGGCAGCAUUACUUAGAGGAAUGGGAUGGAAACAAAAUAAGAGCAAGAGCGUGGAAUCAUCGGGAAUGCCUUUAUUAGAAAGAAGGAAGAAGGGUGUAUUAUUGGGUAUUGGAGCGAAAGCAGUUGAAGAUGAAUUGAUGGCAGAUUUGUCCGGAAAAAGAGGUGCUAAGUUCGAUAUUCCUGUAAUAAGGAAAGAUAAGCAUAACAAAUAA